UCAGAGAGCAUUCAUACUUGGACUCACUUGAAUACAAGCUCUCUCUGCUGCCUUGUCCCUCACUGCUGAUUUGGGACAGAGUAGAUUUCUAAGCUUCAGACUCUGAUACUGAUACUUGAUCAACUGAAACUUUUCGACACUUCAACAAGGCAUGAUGGAUAACAGUACGGACGACUACCCCGACUACUACAACUUUGAGAUGGAAAACAUGAACAACUCCUGCGAGUAUGAAGAGCUGCCAGUGUCAUACACUCUCAUCCCUAUCCUCUACAUGCUCAUCUUCAUCCUGGGGCUCUCAGGGAAUGGCGUAAUCAUCUUCAUCGUGUGGAAAGCAGAGAGCAAGCGCCGGGCGGCGGACAUCUACAUCGGGAACCUGGCUUUGGCGGACCUGACGUUCGUGGUGACCCUGCCUCUGUGGGCCGUGUACACGGCACUGGGGUAUAACUGGCCGUUCGGUGUUGUGCUGUGUAAGCUCAGCAGCUAUGUAGUGAUGCUCAAUAUGUUCGCCAGCGUCUUUUGCCUCACCUGCCUCAGCUUGGACAGAUACAUGGCCAUCGUGCGCUCUCUGAGCAGCUCACAGCUCCGAACCCGUGGACGAAUGAGGGCUUCACUCGUCGCCAUUUGGUGUCUCUCAGGAGCUUUGGCGUCACCCACACUGCUCUUCCGCACCACGCUGCACGAUAAAGCCAGCAACCAGACCUCCUGCGCUAUGGAUUUCAGCCUUGUUGCAACCAACCAGACAGAGAACUUUUGGAUCGCUGGAUUGGGCAUCUCAUCCACAGCUUUCGGGUUCCUAAUCCCCUUGCUGGCCAUGAUGGUCUGCUACGGUUUUAUCGGCUGCACCGUGACACGACACUUCAACAAGAACCUCCGCAAAGAGGACCAGCGCAAGCGGCGCCUCCUUAAGAUCAUCACAAUGUUAGUAGUGGUGUUUGCUGCUUGCUGGAUGCCCUUCCACCUUCUCAAGAGCAUGGAUGCCCUGUCGUACCUCGGAAUCGUACCAGAUUCCUGCUCACUGCUCAACUUCCUGCUCUACGCUCACCCAUACGCCACCUGCCUCGCUUACCUCAACAGCUGCCUGAACCCAUUUCUCUAUGCUUUCUUUGACCUGCGCUUCAGAUCCCAGUUUUUGUGCCUUCUGAACCUGAAAAAAGCGCUCCAACCUAGCCCAGCAAGUUCUCUCUCCUCCCAAAAGACUGAAGCACAAUCUCUAGCCACUAAGGUGUGAAGUACCAAGAGGAAGUCACCUCGUUCGAGCCUUCGCAACUUGACGGUAAAUCUACUGAUCUUGGACAAGCAACCGUAGACCGUAGACACUUGUGUAUGGCACCAAAAGACCUUGAGAGACUGCUCUUUUUUAUUAACUGCUCCUUUUGUUCAUGAGCACAUUGGUGCGGUCUGAAGACCCUGAGGUUUUCUGGAGUGGAGUGCCAGUCUCUUUGGCAUGGCUUCCAGAGAACAGAGCCCACAGACAGCUGCGUUCCAGACGUCAGCGUCAGACGUCUCAUAGACCUUGUGUGGACUCCGUAGGGGACUCGAGGAUGAUGGAGGAAGCCUAGUGGGUGGUCGGCACAACUUACGAGAGACAUUUGCUCUCAACUUUGGCAAACGAACUCCUCCAUAAUUUGAUCGCUUCGUUUCUUAAGCACUUGGUCAUACAUAGAUAAGGUUCUCUGUCCCAGUGUCUCCUACUGAGCAAUUUACCUGUUGUCUACAUCACUGGGGAUCAGACUGGUGGAAAGGGGGGGGUUAGGGGGGUGUCAGUCGAGAAGAAGUGUUGCAGCUUGAUUAAAGAGUUGUGAGUGUGUGUGAGUGUGUUUGGGGGACUCUGAAUGCCAGAUGGCAACUGACAAAUGCUGUCGGAGGAGGGCGAGUUAAUAAGUGGCAGCUUUUACAAAUGACAGACUGCUGUGUGUGUGUGUGUGUGUGUGUGUGUGUGUGUGUGUGUGUGUGUGUGUGUGUGUGUGUGUGUGUGUGUGUGUGUGUGUGUGUGUGUGUGUGGACAUUUAUAGAAUGUAAUGGGUAGCUAACUUUCAUGAAUUUCUCAUUUUUCAUGAUCACCUGCUGUAUGAAACUGCAAUGAAAUAAUCUGUAAAUAAAAUGUUUAUUCCUCUGAAAA